GAAGGGGAUCACUCCAUGUGUUUUGAUGGAUUCUCCUGGGAUUUUGGCUGGACGGGUUUUUCCGGUUUCUCUGGAUUUGGCGUCUUUGUGGGCGAUGUGUCGGUACAAGUACUGGAGUCAGUUCUCAGGACAAAGCUGAUUGGCUGGAGAGACGCCUUCCACAAGAUGGCCGGAGACCCCGCCAGGCCCCCCGACACCCUCCUGGACCUUCACUUCCAGUCUCUGGCGGCUCGGGGGCUGAAUGCGAACCAGAUGGAGUUGGAUUCGGCGACCGCCAAGCUGGACGAGCUUCGCUGGGAGUUGGAGAAGAGAAGGUCCCCCGGCGGUCCUGGCAGUAAAGAGAACUUGGAAGUGCUCAGCCCUCAGAACUCCGCCCCCUCUCUGUCCCCGUCUCUGGCGCGGCGGAGUCCGUCCUCUUCAGGCUUGCCCCCAUUGGCCACAACGUCAUCUCAGCAAUUUAAUUGGCCGCGCACACAGGACUCCUUCUCCUCCUCCUCCUCUCUCUCUGUCCCUCCUGGGCUGACUGUUACCCCCAGCGGUACCGUCCCCGUGCUGUCCCUCACCCCCUCCCCCACUCUGACCCGGGGGUCCCUUCCCUCCGACACUUCUGACCUGUAUAUGUCUGGGGGGACAUCCCGCUCACCCUGGGGCCGCCCGUCUUCCCCCCGCCCCCAAUACUACGACCGGCCUGCAUCCACCACCACCACCCCCUCCUCCUCCUCCUCCAACCGCCUGUCCUCCGGCUCCUAUGACUACACCAUGGGGGGGCGCUCCUCCUCUCCGGUCCCAGAAGGACAGAUUCCCAUGCCGCGGUAUUCAGACUGGACUCCGCCUCAGAGACCACCUCCCGCCUAUGAGGUGCCUCUAGGAUUUGCUCCGCCCAGGUUCUCAGACGAUGUCAGCUCUCUACGCCGGCGCCCCCCACAGCGCAGCUGGAACGAGUCGGAUCUGGACAUGGUGUAUGAGAAGAAGCCUUCCCAGGACAGAAAGGAGCGCACCUCUCUGGGCGGAGUGCCUGUGGUAAAGGCCUGGAGGGAGAGCAGCCUGGACCCGACACCCAUCAAAGCCAAAAACGAUGUUGCCUCCACUCUCCCUCGCGGGUACAAGUACUCUUCCAUGGACCGCGGCCCUUCGGGGAUGGAUCGCGGCCCUCCGGGGAUGGAUCGUGGCCCUUCGGGGAUGGAUCGCGGCCCUUCGGGGAUGGAUCGUGGCCUUACGGGGAUGGAUCGUGGCCCUCCGGGGACUGACCGUGGCCCUCCAGGGAUGGAGCGCGGCCCUCCGGGGAUAGAUCGUGGCCCUCCAGGGAUGGAGCGCGGCCCUCCAGGGAUAGAUCGUGGCCCUCCAGGGAUGGAGCGCGGCCAUCUGGGGCCAGACCUUGGCUGGAAGUCUGGUGGGGGAACCCUUCCUAGGUCCUUCUCAUCUCAGCAGCCCAUCUCCAGGAUUCCUGUGCCUCCACCUGGAGGACGAGGUCAGCCUCACCGUCCUCUGCCUCUCUCUAUGAUCUUCCGCCUGCAGAAUGCAUUCUGGGAGCACCAAGUCCCACCCCAGAUCAGUGUUGCCCCUACUCAUAUGAGCGCUCCUGCUGCACCUCCACCAUCCAUACCGGUGAUACCAGACAUGCCAAGCCAUGCCACCGUGCCGGCGCCACCUCCACCAGCAACUGAAGAGGUUCCUCGACCACUCAGCCCCACCCGUCUUCAGCCACAUCUGCCCCCACAAUUAGCUGAUGUACAGAGAGUUUUAGAAGACAUACCACGACCCCUGCGGAGGCGUGGCUCCCAGGAACACAACUCGCUGGCUCCCCCUAUGCCGACUGACCACCGCCAAUAUCGGCAAAUCAUGGGCCGACUCUUUGGAAGAGCCGCCCCCAAAUCUUCUGCUUCAGAGCAACCAAAAGCAGAGGAGAAGCUUCAAGGAUACCUCAAUAAAGGGAGCUCCAAACAGGCGGAGCUCUCGCCUGAAGAGGUAAACUUUUUCAAAAUCCCCCCCAUCCCAGAAGAGCCGCGGCCAGAAGAAAGGCAGGAGGCCGCCAUUCCUAAACCUGCAGAGGAUCCCGUCUUCCUGUUCCUGGAUGCCUCAGAGUCUAGGGUGGGUGCCACUGCCUUGCUGCAGGGAGAAGUGGACCUUCCCGUUCCUGUGGUUGUCAGCGGAGGCCAGAAUCUGGAGCUCCGCUCAGUUCUGAAAGGUCACAGUUCACCGCAGAAGUCCCACCCCCGCCGUGCCCGCCUGGAUCCGCUCAUUUUACUAUUGGAUGGGGCACUUACCGGGGAGCUGGAUGUGGUCACUCAUGCGUUGAAGGAGGUGAAUGACCCCAGUCUGCCGAAUGAAGAAGGGAUCACCGCUCUGCACAACGCCAUCUGUGGGGCCAAUUUCCACAUCGUUACCCUGCUGAUCAACAGUGGAGCCAACGUCAAUGCGGCAGACAGCCACGGAUGGACUCCUCUGCACUGCGCAGCCUCGUGUAACGACCUGCAGAUCAGCGCUGCGCUGGUGCGGCACGGUGCCGCCAUCUUUGCCACGACCUUCAGUGACGGCAGCUUGGCGGUGGACAAGUGCGACCCCUACAGGGAGGGCUACAAGGAAUGUCUGACCUACCUGACAGAGAUUGAAGAGUGUAUGGGGGAGACGCAGAGCGGCGUGGUCUACGCCUUGUGGGAUUACUCCGCAGAGUUCGCUGACGAGCUGUCGGUACGCGAGGGCGACACGGUCACCGUGCUCAGGAAGGACGGAGAGGGCGGCACCUGGUGGUGGGCGGCUCACUGCGGACGGGAGGGCUACGUCCCCCGCAACUACUUUGGGAUGUAUCCCCGGCUCCGCCCCCAGCGCAGUCCUCUGUAAAAGAAGAACAAAAACCAGAUCUGGUUGUAUAUGGAGGAGGAGCCUGUGUGUGAUGUGGGUGGAGACAUUGUAUGUAUGUGAUGUGUGGAGACAUGCAUGUGUGGGGGGAGGGGAGGGGGGGUUGUAUUUUUAUACAUUGUGUGUGUGUGUAUGUUGGUGUGUUCUCUGUAGCGGGCUGCGCGUGCGUUGGGUGCGCUGUGUGUACUGCACACUGUGUGUGUGUCUAUGGUACGCGGUUGGCACUUUAUUGGGGUUUUUAGGACGCGGCGGCCAUGUACCCAGCCUGCCGCCAUCUUUAAUACUUUGUAUAAAAUAGUUUUUCUAAUAAAAUUCAGUAUUAAGCA